UGCUAUGGAGCUGCCAGCCGUCAACCUCAAGGCCAUCAUUCUGGUACACUGGCUGCUCACAGUGUGGGGAUGCAUGAAUUACAUGUUGCCAGCUUCCUAUGCCUGGGGGAAUUUCAGUGUCCUUGCAGUGGGGAUCUGGGCCAUUGUGCAGCGAGAUUCCCUUGAUGCCAUCAUGAUGUUCCUGACUGGCCUGCUGCUCACAGUCCUCACAGACAUCAUUCACAUCUCUGUCUUCUACCCUCCAAACAACUAUCUCACUGAUGUGAAGCGUUUCAGUAUAGGCAUGGCCAUCUUCAGCCUCCUCCUCAAACCUGUGUCCUGCUAUUUGGGGUAUCGAAUGUAUCGGGAGCGUGGAGGAGAGUACACCUUUAACAUAGACCUGGAGUCCUCGUCUGACAGCCAUUUUGCCCACAAUGGUGUCACCCGUGCAGGCCAGGAUCGCAGCACCUACGAGCCAAUUGAUCAGCAGGAUGCCCCUCCACAGUGGCCUGACUCAAGCAAGACAGCCCAGCAGCCGUACUGAGGCCCUCUCUGCAACAGAGAACGGAAGCUUCCCUCGCCCAGUCUAGCCUUCCACUCUUCCCAUGUCUGUUCUGAUGGAGCAAGACCUGCUACUAAGCAA